AUGGCCCAAUCGUGCGAAAGCCAGCUCGAGCUCUUCAAGCGGAAAAAGGACCAGAGCCGGCGCUCCAUCUUCACGAGCUACAACAUCAUUGGCUUCAUCAGCUCGGGGACGUACGGCCGAGUCUAUAAGGCAACCUCCCAGAACCCAGACAACAAAGUACUCUAUGCCAUCAAAAAGUUCAAGCCCGAGAAAGAGGGCGAUCAGAGCCUGCUCGGCAUCUCGCAGUCGGCCUGUCGGGAAAUUUCGCUCUGUCGCGAGCUCGCGCACGAAAACAUCGUCGCUCUCGAGCAAGUGCUCCUGGACCCGAUCGACCGCUCCAUCUCGAUGGUCUUGGAGUAUGCCGAGCAUGAUCUGUUGCAAAUCCUGCACUUCCAUAGCCACCAAGAACGGAAGCCCAUCCCAAACUUCACCAUCAAAUCGUUCCUGUGGCAGCUGCUCAACGGCCUCUCGUAUUUACACGCCAACUGGGUGCUGCAUCGAGAUUUGAAGCCUGCCAAUAUCCUCGUCACUUCCGAUGGCGUUGUAAAAAUAGCGGAUCUGGGCUUGGCUCGUUUGUUCCAGAAGCCUCUGCAGCCGCUAUUCAAUGGCGACAAGGUCGUAGUGACUAUCUGGUACCGUGCCCCGGAGCUACUUUUGGGAGCCAGGCAUUAUACCAAAGCCGUUGAUAUCUGGGCAGUCGGUUGCAUAUUUGCGGAGCUGCUCAUGCUGCGGCCCAUUUUCAAGGGCGAAGAGGCCAAGAUGGACAGCAAAAAGGUCAUUCCAUUCCAAAAGGAUCAGAUGAUGCAGAUCAUCACCGUGCUUGGAACGCCUACAAAGGAGCGGUGGCCUGGGAUUGAGCACAUGCCUGAAUACGUCAACCUCAAGGGGUUGCUACAACGGCCCCAGGAUGGACCCGGUGGCCCGCACAACCAAAGCAACGAUCUGCGCAAGUUCUAUUCGACCUAUGCGUCGUCCAAGUGCGAGGAGGGAAUGAAUCUUCUGCAAGCCAUGCUCGAGUACGAUCCAAACAAGCGAAUCACAGCCGACGAGGCACUGGUGCAUCCAUAUUUCUCGAAUGACCCGAGGCCGUCGAAGCAGUAA